AUGCCCAGUGCCACCGGCCAAAACUGGGAGAAGUACCAGAAGACCUUCGCCGACGACGAGAUAGAAGAGAAGAAGAUCACCCCCCUCUCGGACGAAGACAUCCAGGUGCUCAAGACCUAUGGCGCCGCCCCGUACGCCGCGGAGCUGAAGAAGCUUGAGAAGGAGAUCAAGGAGAAGCAGACGAGCGUCAACGAGAAGAUCGGCGUCAAGGAGUCGGACACCGGCCUCGCGCCGCCGCAUUUGUGGGAUAUCGCGGCGGAUAGGCAGCGCAUGCAGGAGGAGCAGCCGCUGCAGGUGGCGCGGUGCACGAAGAUCAUACAGGACGAGAAGGACGCGGAGAAGAGCAAAUAUGUUAUCAACGUCAAGCAGAUCGCCAAGUUUGUCGUCAACUUGGGCGAGCGGGUCAGUCCGACAGAUAUUGAGGAGGGCAUGCGCGUUGGCGUCGACCGAAACAAAUACCAGAUCCUCCUCCCCCUCCCGCCCAAGAUCGACCCCUCGGUAACCAUGAUGACCGUCGAAGACAAGCCCGACGUAACCUACGGCGACGUGGGCGGCUGCAAAGACCAGAUCGAAAAACUGCGCGAAGUCGUCGAGAUGCCCCUCCUCUCCCCGGAACGCUUCGUGAACCUUGGCAUCGACCCGCCCAAAGGCGCCCUUCUCUACGGCCCCCCCGGCACAGGCAAAACCCUCUGCGCACGCGCCGUCGCCAACCGCACUGACGCGACCUUCAUCCGCGUCAUCGGAUCUGAGCUAGUGCAAAAGUACGUCGGCGAGGGCGCGCGCAUGGUGCGCGAGCUCUUCGAGAUGGCCCGCACAAAGAAAGCCUGCAUCAUCUUCUUUGACGAGAUCGACGCGGUAGGCGGGGCGCGGUUCGACGACGGUGCCGGGGGCGACAACGAGGUCCAGCGCACCAUGCUCGAGCUCAUCACGCAGCUUGACGGCUUCGACAGCAGGGGGAAUAUCAAGGUCAUGUUUGCGACCAAUAGGCCGUCGACGCUGGAUCCUGCGCUUAUGCGGCCGGGGAGAAUUGACCGGAAGAUUGAGUUUAGCUUGCCGGAUAUGGAGGGACGCGCGAAUAUUCUGAGGAUUCAUGCGAAGAGCAUGAGCGUGGAGAGGGAUAUCAGGUGGGAGCUUAUUAGCAGACUGUGUCCGAAUAGCACGGGCGCAGAGCUCAGGAGUGUGGCGACGGAGGCAGGCAUGUUUGCUAUCCGCGCCAGGAGGAAGGUUGCGACGGAGAAGGACUUUUUGGCGGCGGUGGACAAGGUCAUCAAGGGCAACCUUAAGUUCAACUCUACGGCGACGUAUAUGCAGUAUAAUUAG